GAUAAUUACAUAAACGAUAAGAGAAAAAAAUGUAUCCAAUCCCAUCGCAAGGAAGUCGUUUUUAAUGGUGGAAAAUCCAAAGAUUUUAUACGGAGAUAUGACGAAGGUGCUUCUUCCAGUAAAGCGGACUUUCUACCCCAAAGUUCUAAAGAUUCGAAUAUUUUAACGACCAAGUCAAUAUGGAGCAGUAUACCGUCGGAGAACAUUAACAAUCCGUGUUCUGUACUUGCAAACUCAUCUGAUUUAACAUACUCAGAACACGGGAUGGAAAAUAAAACCACGCUGGUAGCCAAGUUGAAUGACUUUUGGAAGUUAAACAAAGAAAAAAACGAUAGCGAAUGUAAUAGAACCCAUGUGCAAGUAACCAAACUUCCAGAUGAUCGUUCACUGGAACUGAAAGAAUCAUCGUCAUCCAUGCCUAACAUAUUCCGUAGAAAAUUCUACCGUGCUUCUGAGCUCACCGCAUCACAUGCUACAGAGAAGGUAAGUUUAUGUUUUAAACUAAAUAUUAUUAAGCUACCAAAUUCGAUAAAAUUUGAGAUAAGGUCUUAGUGAAUGAUGUAUAGUAUAUACAAUUAUUCCCAAUUUUUUUGUCCCUUNGUAAUAGGACCCAUGAGCAGUUAACCAAUCCUCCAGAUGAACGUUCACUGGCACUGAAAGAAUCAUCGUCAUCCAUGCCUAACAUAUUCCGUAGAAAAUUCCACCGUGCUUCUGAGCUCACCGCAUCACAUGCUACAGAGAAG